AUGGGGGUUUCGCCCUUUACUGAUGAUAUCAAUGGGGAGCGAGUUCUCCCUAAUUUUAAACUUCCGGUACUGCAGCCCUAUGCUGGACGAGGUGACCCUGAGAAUCACCUCCGCGCCUUUAUCUCGACAUUCCGCCUCUGCUGCGUCCCCAACGUCGUGAUUUGCCAAACCUUCCCCAUCUUCCUGCAAGGGACCGCCCGAAAGUGGUUCUGGAGCUUGGAACAAAGGAGCAUUUUCUCACUGGACGAGUUGGUGGACAGGAUUAUUCACCGCUUUAGGUUCAAUGAGAAAAAUGUGCAGAUACCUGAUCAAAAUGAGCAGGUAACCAUAGAUGCCUUCACCAACGAGUUGAUCGCAGGAAUCUUCCACACCGAGAUACAUCGGGAUUACCCCUGUUCAUUUCGAAAAUUCUGGGAACGGGUAGACCGAGGAAUCAGAAGUAAGAACCUAAACUGCAUGAAGCGGAAAGCCCAAGCAGCCCAUGUUGGGCAAGAGUCCCGAAGGAAGAAAGAAAUCGGCCUAGCCGAACAGGUCCCCACCUCGUCGAAUCCUUUCCGAGAUUGUCGGAGCAUUUUCGAUAGGAUUGUGAAGGGGAGGUCGUCCAUCUUGGACGCUGAGCUAACUCCCCUCAACUCCAGUCGGUCUCACAUUCUGGCCGUAAUGAGACAAAACCACCUCGAUCGAGUCCCUCCUGAGAUCUUGGGUAGGAGAGAGAAGAGGAACCCCAACCUCUACUGUGCCUACCACCGGGAUGUGGGGCACGAGACCGAGAACUGCAAUGACUUGAAGAAGGAAAUUGAAAAUUUGAUCAGACAGGGAUACUUGAAGGAGGACCAGCGACCUCCACGAGACGGGUUCCCAGGCUACGACCCUAAUAUCGCGGGGGUCAUCAAUACAUCGGGUGGUCCGACGGGAGGAGACAACCAGAACUCCCGCAAACGGACCUACCGUCAAGCCGGUCUGGAGGCUGCCGAGCCGAGUUCCAAGCUAUCCGAGGUGAUCACUUAUGGUCCCAGCGAUCUUGUUCCUACCGCCUCCAGCAACCACGAAUCCCUCGUGAUUGAAAUUCUCAUCAAUAAUUACAUAGUCAAGAAGGUCUAUGUCGAUCCCGACAGAUCGGUAGACGUCUUGUACUACCAAACCUUCGAAAGGUUGAAACUGACCAGAGAGCAGCUCACUCUUGUCAGAACCCCUCUCGUUGGAUUCGAGGGACAUGUGGUCUACCCAAAAGGGAUGGUGUCCCUGAUGGUGACUGUUGGCCGUUACCCCCACUGUCAAACUAUACGCGUUAGCUUUGCGAUCGUCAAAGCAGAUUCCCUUUACAACAUGUUGAUAGGUCGUCCCGCGCUCAACGUCUUGAAAGUUGUGUACUCUACCUACCACCUGAGUUUUAAGUUUUCGCCACCUGCGGGGGUGGCUGAAGUGAGCAGCGAUGUGAACGCGGCCAAAGAAUGCUACCUCGUCACCAUCCAAACUGCUGUCACUCCCCGACCUUAG